CGAUUAUUUUUGUCGCGAUUGUUAGCCCCUCUUUUUUUUAAUAACAAGUAUCGUAAGAAAAUGAUAAGUACGAAUUUUUGCAGUUGAAUAUCGCUGUUAUCGGCAUUCGCUGAUAAGAGAUAACGAACGUCAAAGCUUUCUCUUAGUCAGUUCUAAUUUUCAAAUUCGACGAAACGGUGACUCGUUCUUUGCGCAUGAACAAGGUUGUUUUUUUUUUUGGUUUUUUUUUUUUUUUUUUUUUUUUGGUUUUUUACAGUUAGGUCGAUGUGAAGGAACGAUAGCGUGGAACACAUAAUUGUGGAAAAUACAGAGAGUGCAGACGUGAUAUUGUAGAUUUUUGCUGCAACAGGUGGUUGACAUUUACCUGCCUCGCGCUGCCUGUGGCAGCUCUGUAGAUUAUCGCUCCGGUGUCAGCGCGAUUACGACCGACAGAAAUGAACAGAAUGAACUGCUUCGCGUGCGAUUAGCGAUGCUUUAACAGACUCUUGCCUUUACAUUUUUGUGCUUGGAAUCCUUGAGCUGGAUCCUCGCCCUUAAAUCCAGUCUAAUCGCACAGAAGGCGCUUCGUUUUGCUGAGCGCGGCCAUUUCAGUAGCGAUUAACCGCGUGGAAACGUUUGUUGCUCAAUGUGAAUUCUGAUGACGUGUUACUGAACACUUACGAUAUGUAGCCUCGUGUUUCUCAACAAAUGCGAUGAUGACGUGCUGAGCGAGGAAAAUAUUUUGGACAAAGUUUUGGACGCAAAAAACGUCGUUCCACACACGGAAGCGACAAUGUCAUUUAUCAGUGUGGUGAGACGGGAGAAGAAAUCGGGCGCGAGCAGAUGCGUUCCGUUGAUCAAAGAGACCAGUUCGAAGUAUUUCCAGAGCUGCAUCGCGCCGUGUGCGGGCGAUUACAUCAGACACCCGGUUCUUUACGAACUGUCAAGCAAAUAUGGAGUGGCCGGCAGUGACCAGGUGCCUUUACCGGCUCGUCUCGACGUGCUACGGGAGCAUAUACGUCGAGAAAUACGCAAGGAGCUGAAAAUAAAGGCCGGCGCGGAGAAGCUGAGAGAGGUCGCGACCGAUCGCAAGUCGCUUUCUGAUGUUGCAACGAUCGUGAAGAAGGCGAACAGCAAGCUGAACGAGCUCCAGGCGGAGCUCCAGCAGCUCGAGAGUCAAAUUAUACUUACGCAGGGCCAACCUCAAUCGCCACAACAGAAUCACUCCAACGGUCAAGACACGCCUCUGUCACCGAUGGGGCCUUCGUCGCCGAGUCAGGAAGGUUUAUUCACGGAUCUUCGACUUCUGUCCUUGGAGAAGCAGCUCAAUAUCGAACUGAAGGUUAAGCAGGGUGCUGAAAAUAUGAUACAGAGUUUAACGAGCGGCCAUCGUGACAAAAAAUUGCUACAGGAGGCUCAACAAAUGCUGGACGAUUCCCGCGCCAAAAUCGAGUUCCUACGCAUGCGGAUUAUGAAGGUAAAACAGGCGCGGCAGCAGCAGCAGCGAGGUGAUGCGCCACCACCGAAUGGCGAAGCAACUAGCAACAAAGACAGGUACGAGCCCAGCUUGGAACUCGCGUUGGAAGAGAGGGUGGAGGAGCUGCGGCAUCGAUUACGAAUAGAGGCAGCUGUCGUAGAAGGUGCCAAGAACGUGAUACGUCUUCUACAAAGUGCCAAAGUCGCUGAUAAGAAGGCCUUAACAGAGGCUCAAGCAAGUCUUGCGGAAUCCAGCAGAAAAUUGGACUUACUCAGAUUAUCUCUCGAGCUUAGAAGACAAGAGCUACCACCCGAUAGCGGCACCGCAGCUCAGUUAAAAAGAGAAUUAGCUAGCGUACAGUCGGCAAGUCCAGUUCCUGUUACUUAUACAUCAUUGCAACCGUUUCGCGGUCCUUUGGAGGGUAAAGCCACUGUACCAGCUUCAGUAUCAAGAUGCGCCGCUGUCACAGGACAAUUAGAGGUAAGGUUAAUGGGAUGUCAAGAUCUAGCAGAAGAAGUGCCUGGACGUACGAGAAGAGAACAUCCAGCUAGUCCUGAUUUACGUAGCUUUGUUAAAGGUGUAACAGGACGCAGCUCAAGCAAGUCAUACAGCGUGAAGGACGAAACAAGCAAUGAUAUAAUGGCGGUUAUAAAAUUGGAUAACCAAACUGUAGGACAAACUAGUUGGCGUCCGUGUUCCCAACAAGCUUGGGAUCAAAGGUUUUCUAUUGAGCUAGAUAAGUCAAGAGAACUUGAAAUAGGCAUUUAUUGGAAAGAUUGGCGAUCUCUUUGCGCGGUGAAGUUUUUACGUUUAGAAGAAUUUAUUGAUGAUGUUCGACACGGCAUGGCCUUACAAUUGGAACCGCAAGGAUUGCUGUUCGCAGAAAUAAAAUUCUUGAAUCCGAUGAUAUCGCGAAAGCCUAAAUUACAGCGUCAACGCAAGAUCUUUAAGCAACAGGUGAAAAAUUUCCCGCGAGCGAAUCAAAUGAAUAUAAACGUCGCAACUUGGGGCAGGUUGCUUAAACGUUCGGCGCCUUCACUGAAUAAUUCUAGAAACUCGGAAAGCCCACCAACAGGACAACAACCAUUGCAACUUGUGUUCGAUACCUCGGUCGAAGACAAACCCGAAACUCCCGGCGAAGUACCCGAUCCAGAAAAGGGUGGAUUGGGUGGUACACGGCCCUUGGGAAUGUCAACGUCGAAUAAUAGCCCAACUCUGCCACGUCCUCCGGAACAUCCUCCUCCGCCGCCACCAACUAUUAUAAAGAAACCUUCUACGCCUGCGCCUACACCACCUCCUAAACUAGAUCAAGAGUUACAGAGUGCAUUAAGGGAGUUUGAUUUUCUGCACAACGAGGACAAGGGGAGCUCUCAGGGUGCAACUUUGAGACCCCUUGUUACAGAGCCCCGUCCUGUGCUGAUUGCACCAUCCUCUCCACGCACACCCUCGCCUCAACCUGUCGUCGAGUUUCCUGAGGAUGAGGUUGUAUAUGAACUGCCAAUCAGACCCCUUCAAUAUAGAGAUAGUGCCUACGAGUCAAGAAGACAUUCUCAGCUUACUGGUAUGACUUUGGAGAACUUCAGGCUCCUCUCCGUUCUCGGUCGCGGACAUUUCGGCAAAGUGAUAUUAUCGCAAUAUAGAAACACCGGAGAAUACUUUGCAAUAAAGGCUUUGAAGAAAGGAGAUAUCAUAGCUAGAGACGAAGUGGAAUCUUUGCUCUCUGAAAAGAGAAUAUUUGAAGUGGCGAAUACGACGCGCCAUCCUUUCUUAGUAAACUUGUUUGCAUGCUUCCAAACCGAGGCGCAUGUAUGUUUCGUAAUGGAAUAUGCAGCUGGUGGUGAUCUUAUGAUGCACAUACAUGCCGAUGUUUUUGGCGAGCCACGUGCUGUCUUCUAUUCUGCUUGCGUCGUUCUAGGAUUACAAUAUUUGCACGAGAAUCGCAUAAUUUAUAGAGACCUGAAAUUAGAUAAUCUGCUAUUAGAUACAGAAGGUUAUGUUAAGAUCGCAGAUUUUGGUUUAUGUAAGGAAGGCAUGGGAUUUGGAGAUAGGACUGGCACUUUUUGUGGUACUCCUGAGUUUUUAGCGCCCGAAGUGUUGACGGAAACUUCUUAUACGCGAGCUGUGGAUUGGUGGGGCCUCGGAGUCUUGAUAUUUGAAAUGCUUGUUGGAGAGUCUCCUUUCCCGGGCGAUGACGAAGAAGAAGUGUUUGACUCUAUUGUAAAUGAUGAAGUACGAUAUCCUCGGUUCCUGUCUUUGGAAGCAAUAGCAAUUAUGAGACGAUUACUCAGGAAGAAUCCAGACAGGAGAUUAGGUAGCAGCGAAAGAGACGCGGAGGACGUUAAGAAACAAGCAUUUUUCAGACACAUUGCUUGGGAUGAUUUGCUUCUAAGACGCGUGAAACCACCAUUCGUUCCAGUAAUUCACUCGGUAGAAGAUGUAAGUAAUUUUGAUGAGGAGUUUACUUCAGAGAAGCCACAACUGACGCCUCCAAAAGAUCCUCGACUUCUCAGUGAUUUAGAACAAUGUUUGUUUAAAGAUUUUACUUAUAUGGCUGAUUGGUGCUAGUAAUUAUUGCUCGACGAGGAAAAGUAUAUAUUUGCAUGUCAUAAUUAAAAAACACGUGCUAUAAUAUUGAAUAAACCUUUAUUGUAGCACGGGACUCGAUUAUUCGCGCGAACAGUAUAUCAUAUAUUAUUAUGUCAUGCGUAUAUAGAAUUUUUUAUUUUUACCAUUAUAUCAACGGAUCAUGGUAAAUAACAUUUACCGGAGAAAUUCUUUUAUUGAAUCUCAGGUUUUCCGCUAAAAUGAGUUAUAUGUUUUUAACAAGUAUUAAAAAAAAAAAAACUUAGUUAUAAUAUAUAUUUACACUUUCUGGUUUUACACACAUGAAAUAACAUAAUAUCGAGUAAGUUGCUUCUCGCAACUAUUGAAUCGAUGAGCUAUGUAAAUAAGUUUGUGAUUUGCAUAGUUUCGAACGUAAUGGUUAAGUUGUGAUUCCGCGAUUGUUAAACGAUAGAAAGAAAAAGAAAGAAAAAAGCGAUAAAAAGCCUGUCAAUCUCUUGUGACAAAGAAGUUUCUUCUCGCAUAAAAGUAAAGAUAAUUUUAGUUUACACUUUUUUUUUUGCAGAAGUGAUCUCCAAACAUUGUCCUGUUAUUAGUAUUAUAUAUGUAUAUGGAUGUCCUUUUGCGUGAAUAUGUAUUAUUUUUUUUAACAAUUUGUUAUCUAUAUAUUACUAUUUUCUGUACAGUAACACGUGGCAAUUACUCGAGGAUUUUAUAAAUAUCCUUUUUGUGUAAAGCUUAAAGGAUAAUAUUAUAUUACAAUAUUAUAAUGCAAAUAACACAUUCACUAAGAAAGCAUAAAGUAAAAUCAAAAUAUAGCUAUACUUGCUCAUGCUCAUGUGAUAAAGAACUGAAAUUAAAGUGGCGCUAUGUAUGUACAACAGUCACCGACGGCAGAUAACACUCAGCGCUUUAAAUAAUUGUUUAUCAUCCUGUUACACAAUAAUUGGAAAUUAAUCUAUGUAUAGCUAUUUUGCGAGAUUAUAAUGAUAUAAUGAAAGAUCAAUGAAUCAUGUGAAUAUACAAUAUCAAUAUGUUUAUACAAUAUUAUCAGAAUCCUUUAGGAAUCCUUUAGGUUCGAUUAAUAUAUAUAAUCCACUUAUAUAUUUGCUAUAUUUCAUUCAUUUCUUUGUGUACAUUCACAGUGUAGUUCAUAAUUUUUAGUAGCUCGUGCUUUUUCAUAUUAUGUUGUAUAUAUAUAUAUAUAUGACUAUAUAACCAAAUAUCGGAAAAAAAUAUUGAAUAAUUCUAUGUUUACUGUAGUUGAGAUAUUGUCAUAGUAUUACACGAUCAGGAUUUUAACUUGACAUUAACUUUGCAUCAAAGUACUGUUGUAAGACGGAUUUGUAUUGGGAUACAAAUAUAUUUAAAUAUUGCUUCAAUAUUUCAGUCUUGUAGAAAUUGAUCUGAAAAUCAAGCAACAUUGAGGUAGCUAUUUUAUACAUUUUACUGAAAAACGGAAAACUCCUAAAUUAGUUUUCUUUGUAAUUGUGAAAAAUGUUUUAUAAAUGCUAUAAAACAUUUUUAUAAAUGCUAUAUUAUUUAAUCCUAUUACUUUAAUAUUUAAUAAUUAAUCCUUUGCAAAACCGUCAUUUGUGUCUACGAUUUCUUCAUACGUAUACAAUCGAACUGACAUUCGUGAUGAUUUCAUCACUUAAAAGGUGCCUACAUCAUGAUGAUGAUUGGAUACUUUUUGAUAACAAGCAAUAAAAAUUCUCUGAAUGUUGUUAUAAUAACAAAGACAAAAAAAUCUUUUGAAUUUGUGAUUUAUAUCUCUGUAUAUAUUUCUUUUACAAGAUUACAAUUGGAAUUAAAAUUGAGUUAUAAAUUUUAUAAAAAUGCAUAUAAUUAAAUAAAUUGGAAAAAGCAUAUUGCAAAUAGAUCUUUAUAUAAAUCAUAUGUAAGACUUAAUAUAGUUUAUCCAAUUUUUUAUCGUGUAUGAAUUAGUUCGUUAUAUACAGAAUCUGUUAAAUCUUGACAGAUCUUAUAGUGCUUAUUCUUACAGAUUUUUUCAAGUUUGUUAUACAGUUACAUUUGCCAAAAUUUAUUUAUAAUAUUGCUUUUAAUAUCGCUCAAAUCAAAAAUUUGUCACAUUACCAACGUCUCUGAACGGAACUGUUUAAUAUCAUAACUAGAAAAUAACAACUUGACUGCAUCAUAUUAAUGAUAGAUUUGAGAUACCCCUUUCGAGGUAAUUUUAAGAUCUAUUUGCCUUAUUGCAAUUACAAAUUGAUAAUCACUUUGAUAACUAUUUUAUACAUAUAUACAAAUAAUUAAAUUUGUCGAUAAUUACUUGAAUACUACAGAAUUUUUAAAUGUGCCUGUUUUAUAUAAUUAAUGUAAAUACGUUUUACAUAAUAUUUUAAUUUUUUAAUGUUUUA